UGAAAAAUUCUAAAUUCUUAAACUCAUUUGGUCCAAAAGCCUUAGCUACAGGACAGUGCACCUGGACUCUUCUCCCCAAGAAUCAGUCGGAGAGGUCCAGUCACCUGUCUCAUGCCCAGCUCAGGUGACAGCACCGAGGUUCCAACUCAGUUCCGUGUCUCAGAGCCUGGGACAAAGUGCAGACUGCGUGGCCUGGCCUCUCUGUCACCUGCUGGGUGGCGUGUGGGUGGGAGACAGAUGUGGAGUUAAUGUGCUCACUGGCAGGCUAGCUUGUCACUUACUGCAAGGGUUUCCCUCAGGGGGCCUCCUGGUGCCGGGCAUCAUGACAGUGAGGGGGGCUGUGCUGGCCCCGGAUCCAGUGUCGCCCACGACCGCAGCAGCCUCUCCCAUCGUCUCCGUGAUCCCUGAGGGCAGCCCCACCGCCAUGGAGCAGCCUGUGUUCCUGAUGACAACUGCCGCUCAGGCCAUCUCCGGCUUCUUCGUGUGGACGGCCCUGCUCAUCACAUGCCACCAGAUCUACAUGCACCUGCGCUGCUACAGCUGCCCCAACGAGCAGCGCUACAUUGUGCGCAUCCUCUUCAUCGUGCCCAUCUACGCCUUUGACUCCUGGCUCAGCCUCCUCUUCUUCACCAACGACCAGUACUACGUGUACUUCGGCACCGUCCGAGACUGCUACGAGGCCUUGGUCAUCUAUAAUUUCCUGAGCCUGUGCUAUGAGUACCUAGGAGGAGAAAGUGCCAUCAUGUCGGAGAUCAGAGGAAAACCCAUUGAGUCCAGCUGUGUGUAUGGCACCUGCUGCCUCUGGGGAAAGACAUAUUCCAUCGGAUUUCUGCGUUUCUGCAAACAGGCCACCCUGCAGUUCUGUGUGGUGAAGCCACUCAUGGCGGUCAGCACAGUGGUCCUCCAGGCCUUCGGCAAGUACCGGGAUGGGGACUUUGACGUCACCAGUGGCUACCUCUACGUGACCAUCAUCUACAACAUCUCCGUCAGCCUGGCCCUCUACGCCCUCUUCCUCUUCUACUUCGCCACCCGGGAGCUGCUCAGCCCCUACAGCCCUGUCCUCAAGUUCUUCAUGGUCAAGUCCGUCAUCUUUCUCUCCUUCUGGCAAGGCAUGCUCCUGGCCAUCCUGGAGAAGUGUGGGGCCAUCCCCAAAAUCCACUCGGCCCGUGUGUCGGUGGGCGAGGGCACCGUGGCUGCUGGCUACCAAGACUUCAUCAUCUGUGUGGAGAUGUUCUUUGCGGCCCUGGCCCUGCGGCAUGCCUUCACCUACAAGGUCUAUGCUGACAAGAGGCUGGACGCACAAGUGCCAACAUACGGCCCUUACGGCCGCUGCGCCCCCAUGAAGAGCAUCUCCAGCAGCCUUAAGGAGACCAUGAACCCGCACGACAUUGUGCAGGACGCCAUCCACAACUUCUCCCCUGCCUACCAGCAGUACACGCAGCAGUCCACCCUGGAGCCCGGGCCCACCUGGCGUGGUGGUGCCCAUGGCCUCUCCCGAUCUCACAGCCUCAGUGGUGCCCGAGACAACGAGAAGACUCUGCUGCUCAGCUCUGACGAUGAGUUCUAGGUGCAGGCUGCGGUGGCGGAAGUGCCGGGCCGUAGCCACGGUCAGGCUGUGCCCCCCUCCAGCCUCACCACCAGGCCAGAAGUCAGUUGGCACAGCGCUCAUGCCGCCCUUUAUUUAUUGGACCAGAAACACACACGUCGCUUCCAGAGGAAUGGGGGACAGCCAGGCUCAUCCACGGGCCUUCAGGAAUAUUUAUACCUGGCCCACCCUGCACUGCCCGGGCGAGGGCAGAGGACACUGGGAGCAAGGCUCAGGUCCCUGCUGCUCAUUCUGUGCUGGGGGCACCGCAGGACCAGCCACACCCAGGCCCCAUUGCUUGUGUGUGGACCAGCAGCUGCAGCCUUCUAGCCCCUCCUCCCCGUAAGAGUCUCAGGCUGAGGUCGGCAAACCUUGGUUCCCCCACACCGUGCAAUACUCUGUCUGCCCUGGGCUCUUCCCGCCUGCUUCCCUUCCCAUCCACCUUUGUCCAGUGCUAGAGUCACUUCAUCCCGGGCGGGAGCGGGGAUGUGGCCGUUCUAUGGUCCUCCCCUCCUGACCCAGGCCUCCCUGGCAUGCUGCAAGGAUCCGAGCCAGACACCAGGAGAAACAGGCCUCACCCAGGAAGGGCAUUCAGGGGCUUCUGGGCACCGCUUCUGUUGAAGCAGAGGCCCCUGGGUGUCCCCACUCGUCGUGGCCACACCUCUGUCUGCCUCAGGUUCCUUCCCCCUGGCCUACCAAGGACAGCCCACAGUGAGCACCACUGGCUCACUUGGGUCCUUGAGAGUUUUGGGCAGAGCCCUUGUUUCCUGGCUGCUCCAGAGGUCAGGGGCUCCCAGCCCUCCUUCCCAGGCUGAUGCUGAGUUCUGGUCUCUCCCUGGGGCUUCUCCCUCUUGUUUCAGGGGAAAGAUCUGAGUCUCCUCGUUUCAGACCAGCUUCCGGAGGAAGGUAGUGCGGCAGAGAGGCCGGAAGGGGUGGCUGCACGGUGGGGAACUGGGAGGUGGGGGGAGUGACCCCAGACUUCCCUCCGGGGCCCCCAUCCACACAGGGCCUGGUGUUCUGCCCCAUCCGGCCCCUGGCCCAUCUCUUCUGUGCCUUAGUCACAUAUGAAAGCGCCCUUCCCUGGCUCCCUGUCUGUCCCACACGCUCCCUGGGGCUCCUAGUUCAGCUGUUAGCGCUCACCGGGUCCUGCAGUGCUGGGCAGAACCCUCGGACAGGCCUCAAGAGUGGUCAGGACCACCAAGCUCCUCUCCCCUCCACACCUCUAGACCUGGGGCCUCCGGAGCCGGAGCCCCCAGCAAGCUGGGCUUAUACCAGCUCCUGACUUGGGAAGAGCCUCCUGUCCUGGCAUUUAAAACCCAGAUUAUCCCUGGGUUUUGGCCACAGUCGCCUCGAGAGGCCAGUAGGGUGAGGGAGAAGGACCCUGCCCGUGUUCACUGGGGAUUCUUCUGGUCCUUCCGGGAAUGAACAGGCUCCCUUCCUGCCAUCUGUGAGGAGAGUCAGGGCCCGGCCGUCUUCCUGGCCUCCUUCCUUCCUUCGUGGCAGAGGUUUGCAUGUGGAUGCUGGCCGCCAACUCUCCCCCUCCAUCUGGGGGGCCCUGACCAGUUGGCCCCAAGCUGCCCGGGAGGGUGGGUGCAGACACAGGCUGAGGGACAGCCCCGGCCCUGCCCCACCGUCCGCUCUCACCGAGCUGUCUCUCCAAGGCGGCUUCCCUUCUCCCUCCAGGCCAAAGUGCUGCUGACUCUCACUCCCUUGGUCUUCGUCUGCCCCAGUGUUGCUGUCCUCAUGGAGGGUAGGGAUGAGGAGAGCUCGGUGGCAGGGGAUCAGCGGUCCCUGGGGACAUGGGGAUGGGAACAUGUGCCCGACCGCUCCAUUCCCUCCUUCCUAGGAUGCAUAACCUACCUUGUCUUUUUUUUUUUUUUUUUAAAUUUUCUUUCCAGAUAGAGUAGCUCUUUGUACAUAAAAAAUACUUGAAAAAUUAAUUGUAUGAUGUAUGAGAAGACAGAGUCCCCUAGUUUUGUAUCUCGUUGUAUGACUGCCAUGAGAUCCACCAGAAAGCCACUCUAUUUUGGUCUCUGUGACAUUUUAAAUGCGUGACAGAAGUGAGCAAAUAAAGUGAGGAAGAAAUAUAUAUAUGAGAUAAUAUAUAUUGUAUUGAAAUCUC